AUGUCUCAUGUAUCUUCAAUGUCUAGCAUACAAUCAAACUUUGCACUUGCAAAGAAACAGGAGAAUGUCACCUGUAUGGAAAGAAGGCAGUUAAUAGAAACUGAUGAGGAAAUGGCUCUGAUCACCGAUUUAAAAUGCAUGGAUGUAUCAGCAGUUAUUACGAGUAAGUUUAAGAUCUUAACGGAAAUUCAAGACCAGAUGUUUGAGGAGAUGAGGGAAACUCUUAAAAAUGACCUAAAGGCAAUUUUAGGAGCAAAAACUACAAUACCUGAGGUAAGGAAUUCAGAGAACUCCAGUCACAGGACAGGGCUUCAACAAAUAACAGCAUCACAAAAAACAGGGAAAGUAGGAAAAACAGAAGGAGAAAACUCUAAAAUAGUUGAUACUGAAGAUUUAACAUUUAAAAUGAAAGUAGUAGAUGAGCUCAGUGGUAAAUUAGACAAUCCUAAUGAAUACAAUAGUAAUGAAGGUAAGAAAUUACCCCAGAAUGAAUCACGAACUUACAAAGUCAUGGGAAGUAUGGAAGAAACCUUAUGCAAUGUAGAUGACAGACAGAGAAAUCGCCACAUCCAUUUAGAACUUACAGAAGGGGAGAGUAGGGAGAAUGGACAGGAUGAAUUUCUUGAAGUGAGAGAGGAAAGAAAAAUUCCAAAAUUCAAGAAUAAAGAGAAAAUUUUAAAAGCCUUCAGAGAAGAAAAAAUGUUGACGGAUGAAGGAAUGGUACUUACCCUGGCAGCUAACCUUUCAUCAGCAACACUGGAUAUUAGCAAACAAUGGAGUAAUGUCUUCAACAUUCUCGGAGAACAUGAUUUUGAACCUAAAUUUCUAUGUGAUGUUAAAUUAGCAUUUAAAUGUGAUGGUGAAAUAACGACAUUUUCAGAUCUGCAAAGCCUUAGAAAAUUUGCCAGCCAAAAGUCUUCUAUGAAGGAAUUACUGAAAGAGGUACUCCUACAAAAGGAAGAAAUAAAUCGAGGAGGAAGAUAUGGAGUUCAAGAAAACGGGGGUAAUAUCCUGUUAGACUCAAAACACAGAGCUGGAGAAAUGACCAAUGAUGGCUUGAACUUUCUAUUUAUUAAAGAGGUAAAAGUUGCUAAGCCAGAGGAGAUGAACAACUUAGAGACACAAGAGGAAGAGUUUUCCGAGCUAGAGUUGCUGGAUGAAGAGGGCUCAGGGAUGGAGGAUGAUGGAGAAGAGACCUCAGAGCUGGAGGAAGAGGAAGAAGAGGCCUCAGGAUUACAGGGAGAGGAGGAGGAGGAGGAAGAGGAACAGAGUUCAGUGUUCUGUAAGGAAACAGAAGAAGAGAGACACAGAACUGUGCAAACAGAAGAACUAACAUCCAAAGAAGCAGACUUAACACAGGAAAUAGAAAACUUGAGUAGUGUGAUUAAUAGCAUCAGAGAGAUACAAGAGGAGAUUGGAAAUCUGAAAAGUUCCCAUCCAGGUGUUUUGGAAAUUAAAAAUUCAGCAGGUGAUCUGAGUAGAAGAAUAGACUUCCUUGAAGAAAGGAAUAGACAGUCUAGAAGAUCAAAUUGAAGAAUUCUCUAAGGAUACAGUGCAAAUGACCAAACAGAUAAUUCAUAAAGAAAGGCAAAGAGAGAUAGAGGAUAGAUCCAGAAGCUCCAACAUUUGUUUCAUAGGAAUUCCACAAAAGGAGAAUAAUGAGAACAGAGCAGAGGACAUAAUUAAGGAAAUAAUUGAUGAAAACUUUGCAGAACUAAAGAAAGGUUCAAGUCUUGAGAUUGUCAGUGCUUGCCGAGUACCUAGUAAGACUGAUGAGAAAAGACUGACUCCUAGACACAUCUUAGUGAAAGUUUCGAAUUCUAAUGAUAAAGAGAAAAUAAUAAGGGCUUCUAGAGAGAGAAGAGAAAUAACCUACCAAGGAAGAAGAAUCAGAUUGACAGCAGACUUAUCACUGGACACACUGGAUGCUAGAAGUAAAUGGAGCAAUAUCUUUAGAGUUCUGCUGGAAAAAGGCUUUAAUCCUAGAAUUCUAUAACCAGCCAAACUGGAAUUUGAUUUUGGGGAUGAAACAAAGGUAUUUCUUGAUAUUGAAGAAUUUAGAGAUUAUGUUUUGCAUAUGUCCACUUUGAGAGAAUUACUGGAGAAUAUACUUUAAUAGUCUAGGAUGACUACAACACAAUAUGCUCUCCUCCCCAGCACACACCCAAAAAUCAACAAGUAAAACGAAAAUACACUUGUACCCAGAAGGAUGUACAGUUAACAGCAUGCUCAGGGAUGAGGAGCAAGGAAUAUCAGAUAUUACUUAGAUGUUAAUAAAGUUAAAGGAUAUGUU